AUGGCUCCCCGCCCACCGCCCUCAGAAAAGAAGCCCUCGGCGCGCGCCCUCCGCAUGCAGCGCAUAACCGGCCAGAUCCACCCCCUCGCCCCCAUGAAGACGCACAGGGAGGGCACCCUGACCGACGACUCCUUCCUCUCCUCGAAGCGCGACAAGCGCCAGAUCAAGCACUCCUCCUUCGUCUCCCGCAUCCACUCCACCGCCGACGCCCGCGUGGGCAAGAAGAAGCGGACUCGCCGCCCGGGGAACAAGCUCGCCGCCGACCUCGACGCACUCGCCGACGCGCUGCCGGAGAUUGAAGAGGGCGCCGCGGCGAACAGGGGGAAGGUGCAGCACAAGAGCCUGCGGACGAGGAAGGGCGCCCUGAAGAGGAAGGAGAGGAUCGUCAAGGGCGAGAUGGAGAGGUUCGGGGCGAGCAUGGCCCGGUUGGCAGAUCUGCCUGCGGACCAGGCGGCGCCGCAGCAGCAGAAGCAGGCGGAUGAGAAGAUGGACGAGGCACCUGCGCCUGCGCCAGCUGCGAGUACGAGCAAUAGGUGGGCGGCGCUGCGAGGGUACAUCUCCACCACGAUGGAGCAAAACCCGGCGUUCUUGAACAAGUAG